AAUGCGUAUUGUAUCUUUAAAGAUACAACCAAUUAUUUUGUUAUCGUAGUGCUAUAAGGUAAGAAAAUCAUUUCAUUUUAAUGAAAAACGACUUAUAAUAUUAGAUUUUUUAAUUUGAGCUGAUUUUUUUAAUUUAAAAUAUUUUAGUAUUAAACAAAAUCAGAUGUCUAAAUCAAAAAAGACGAAAUUCAAAGUUUUUAAGCAACGCACAUAUUCAUGUAACGCUCCGCCGCUAUAUGCUAACAUCUCGGAUUUCAAAAAAAUAUCACGGGUCCGGAAAAUUUGUAUUUUAACGUUAUUUAAUAAUUUCAUUCCUAACCGCACUCAUAAUUACGCGCACGAGUAUAAUUUGCGGUUGUAUCUUUAAAGACACACUGCGCACUCUUCCCUUAACCGUAUGCCUUUGGAGGCGUUGAGUUUGAAUUUCAAUUUGCUUGCUUUCUGCAAAACGCCUAUGUAAAUUAUCAUUCACUCCGAGGCCGUUGAACAAAGAAGUUCUCCUUUUCUCUUUUUUUAAUUAUAUUUAGUUAAAUUAAAUUAAAAUAAAUAACAUUUUUGUUUGAAAAAUUAUAUUUUUAUUGAUUAUGGACGAAUUUAUUCGUGUGGGUGGGGUCAAAAUGACUAACGAUGAAGUAUGCGAAUUGCUUUCCAGUAGCAUGGACUUUCAUAUGACAGUGUUGACGAAGAGGAGGAGGAUGUUUCGGAAAGUUGUUCCACUCAAGUAGGGAAUGGUAAUAAAAAUAUUCUUAAUGAAAAAAAUGAAGUUGAAGUGCAGAUGGUUCUUGAAGAUGCUGAGAAAGAAAUAGACGUUGACCUCGAAGCUUCAAUGCACGAUUCAUUUAUUAGAAUGAUAACGGAAGAUAAUAAUGAAAUCAAUUUGAACGAAGUAAAUGAUAGCGAUGACCAGGUUUGGGAAUUAUUCCCUUCACAGUUUAAAAACGUUUCUGUAAAUCCAAAAUCAUCUGAAUUCGAAAGGGUUUUGUGGAAAAAAGGAAAUUUACAGUUUAAUGAGCAGCAGGUUAAAUUUAGAGGCGACAGCAGCCUUUCUGAUGAGGUAAAAGCUUUGGAUACAUCAUAUAAAGUAUGGUGUUAUUUAUUUCCACAAUCUUUAGAGGAAUACAUUGUUCUUGAACAAGAAACGCUAAAAUAUGCUGGGCUGGAUGAAAGCUUCUCUUUUGAUGUAUUUGACUUACGAAAAUUUAUUGGCAUUCUUUUUUACAUGUCAUAUUACCAUCUUCCGAAUUCUCGAGAUUAUUGGUCCAGCAACGACGACAGGUCUGCUUCUGUCAUUAAAAGGCAGAUGCCAAUGAAAAGGUUUGAGAAAAUACCUGCACGUAACGAUCCGCUUCAUGAUAGGCUAUAUCUCAUUCGACCCGUAAUUGAUACACUUAACAAAACUUUCGGAAGUAUACCCACAGAACAGCGAUUGUGCAUAGAUGAACAAAUGUGUUCUACUAAAAUUGGUAGCUUUAUGAAACAAUAUUUGCCUAACAAACCCAAAAAAUGGGGAUUUAAAUUUUUUGUUUUAUGCGAUACUACUGGUUAUGCGUACAAGUAUGAUUUAUAUACCGGAUUAUCAGAAAAGCCUCUCGAAGGAGAACCAGAUUUACAACCUUCUGCAAACAUAGUCGUUGGAUUAAUGCGCGAAGUGCGGCGUUUUCAAAAUCACAUUGUUUAUUUUGAUAAUUACUAUACCACUCUUCCGCUCCUAGUAUAUUUGAGAACACAGGGUAUCCUUUCCGUUGGAACUAUUCGGCGCAACCGAAUUAAAAACUGUAAGCUUCCUGAGGAGAAAAUUAUGCUAAAGUUUGAGCGAGGCACCAGUAAGGAAUUUGUUUCCAAUAUAUGUGGCAUCGAUGUAACGCCCAUAUCGUGGAAAGAUAACCGUGUUGUAAAUAUGGUUUCUACAUACAUUGGAAGGAAGCCUCUGAUUAAUUCAUUCCGAAGCACACUAGAUCCUUGCACUGUCAAAAGAUAUGACAAAAAGGAAAAAGCUACUAAAACUAUUCCAUGCCCGCAAAUUGUUAAGGACUAUAAUCAACACAUGGGUGGAGUAGAUCUCAUGGACAGUUUUAUGAGUCGUCACAAAAUUACUUUAAAAAGUCGAAAGUGGACAAAUCGAGUUUUUUAUCAUCUUUUGGAUAUGACUUGCAUUCGAUUUCGCCCAUUUUCAAUACCAUCCGUCCCACGCCCAAAAGAAGUUCACAUGUGA